UUAAUGCAAAUGUGAAAUUAAACAAAUUUUAAUAGUUUUCAAAGUAGUAACUGUAUAUUAUCAGUAAGGUUCGAUAAUCUGUGGCGGUCGGACGAUACUACCCGAGCAAACAAUCCCAAACAAAAAAGGAAAUUGCAAAUCAUUAGCCGAACAAACAAAGUAGCAGCCAAUCCUUAAGGCAAAUAAAUAAUAAAUUAAAAAUAUGGAACAAAUGGACGUUGAUGUGGACCUGUCGGCGAAGCCGAGCACUUCAUCCACGGCAGCAGCUGCAGCGGCAGCGUCCGGCGAUGCGGCUGCAGCCGGCAGCAAACAACAACAGCAGCAGGCGAAGGGCAACAUUAUGGCUGCAGCUGGAACAAUUGCAUCGGUGACCAUUUCACUGCACCCACUGGUUAUCAUGAACAUUUCGGAGCACUGGACACGCUUUCGGGCGCAACACGGCGAGCCGCGACAAGUGUAUGGCGCACUGAUUGGCAAACAAAAGGGACGUAACAUUGAGGUGAUGAACUCGUUUGAGUUGAAAACCGAUGAAAUCGCAGAUGAAACCAUUAUUAACAGAGACUACUACAACAAGAAGGAACAGCAAUACAAGCAGGUGUUCAGUGAUCUGGACUUUAUUGGCUGGUAUACAACUGGUGACAGUCCAACUGCCAGCGAUAUAAAGAUUCAGAAACAAAUCGCCGAGAUUAAUGAGUGUCCCAUCAUGCUCCAGCUGCAUCCGUUGGCACGCAGUGUCGACCAGUUGCCGGUGAAAUUGUUCGAAUCGCUCAUCGAUCUGGUGGAUGGCGAGGCGACCAUGCUGUUUGUGCCCCUCACCUACACAUUGGCCACCGAGGAGGCGGAACGCAUUGGUGUCGACCAUGUGGCCCGUAUGACAACCAAUGAAUCUGGCGAGAAGAGUGUGGUUGCCGAGCAUUUGGUUGCCCAGGAUAGCGCCAUUAAAAUGCUCAAUGAGCGCAUUAAGAUCGUUUUGAAAUACAUCAAAGAUGUCGAGGCGGGCAAACUGCAGGCGAAUCAGGAAAUAUUGCGUGAGGCCUAUGCGUUGUGUCAUCGACUGCCCAUCAUGCAGGUGCCAGCGUUCCAGGAGGAGCUCUACACGCAGUGCAACGAUGUUGGCUUGAUCAGUUAUCUGGGCACGUUGACCAAGGGCUGCAAUGAUAUGCAUCAGUUUGUAAACAAAUUCAAUAUGCUGUACGAUCGGCAGGGAUCCUCGCGACGCAUGCGUGGGCUGUAUCCUUAAAAAAGAAAUUAACUAAUUAUACACGAAAAGCAAAAUAUAUAUAUAUUCAAUUUCCAAUUCAAUUUAA